AUGACUCAUAUUCUGUUUGAUCUCGUGACUGAAAUUCUAUGUAGACUCCCUGCCAAGUUCCUCGUGCAAUUCGGAUGCGUCUGCAAGUCAUGGAAUUCUCUGAUCUCAAAAGAUCUCGAAUUCGCCAAAAAAUACCUUCGCAUGUCAACAACCAAACGCAAACACCUUGUCACAUGCACAUGGAUCCGAUCUAAAGAUGAGUUUAGUAUGAUGUCUUAUCCACUCGAUUCUCUUCAACUUCACUCUAUUUUCACCUCUGAACCCACACUCCUUGAAUAUUAUUCUCCCAUUCCUCCAGACUCUUAUAAAACCGUUGUUGCUUCUUGUGACGGUCUCCUUUGUAUGUCUAUUAACAACCGUCAUGCAGUUCUCUAUAACCCUUCCAUUAGAAAAUUAAAGAAGUUACCCUCUUUAGAUAUUCCACCACAUAUAUUUGGUUACACAACAUUUGCAUUUGGCUACGAUCCUUUCAUUGAUAACUACAAGGUUGUUUCUGCCUUUAGCCAUUACUGUGAAUCUGAUGGCACAUGGGUUUUCAAAACUCAUGUGAACGUAUAUACUUUGGGAAUUCCUUCAUGGAGAAGGAUUCAGGAUUUCCCUUCUAUGACCCCCAAUGGUAAAUCCGGAAUAAUCGUCAGCGGCACAGUAAAUUGGUUUGCAUCUUCUAAUGUGCCUGGUAAUUUAUCGCGUGCCAUUGUUUCUCUUGAUUUGGGGAAAGAGUGUUACCAAGAGAUUUCAGAACCUAACUAUGAUGGAAUGCCGGUUUAUUUUACCUUGGGUAUGAUAAGAGAUUGUUUGUGCAUAUGUUCUCAUUCUAACUCUUUCAAUGAUGUUUGGCUUAUGAAAGAAUAUGGAAGUAAAGAGUCAUGGAUUAAAUUGAUCCAUCUUCCUUACUUUGGUGAUCAUGGCUACUAUGUUUACCGUCCGAAGAUAGUAUGCAUUUCAGAGGACGACAACCAUGUGUUGCUCUUUCAAGAUGAUGUUCCAAAAUGGAACUGGGUCGUUUAUGAUUCCAAAAAUGAUACUAUAAUAAGAUUGAAGACUCAGAAUGAUUUGUGUCGGGUAGAGUCAAAAGUCUACGUUGAAAGUUUGAUAUCACCUUGA